AUGCUCUCCAACACCUCGAAUCGAGCGGUGCGACACAGCGUCCGCGUCGCGCAUAAUGCUUUGCGACACUCCUCACGGCUCUCCUUCUUCCAGCAGAAACAGCUGCCCAUGAACACAAUUGUGCGGUUCGUGCCCCAGCAACAGGCGUGGAUCGUGGAGCGAAUGGGCAAGUUCAACCGGAUUCUGGACCCCGGUCUCGCUGUGCUCAUUCCGUUCCUGGACAAGAUCCAGUACGUGCAGAGCCUGAAGGAGACGGCCGUGGAGGUGGGUUCCCAGAGUGCAAUCACCAGUGAUAACGUGACCCUGGAGAUGGAUGGCAUUCUGUACAUCCGAGUGUACGACGCAUACAAGGCGUCAUACGGUGUGGAGGAUGCCGAGUAUGCCAUCACACAGCUGGCCCAGACCACCAUGCGAUCCGAGAUUGGCCAGAUGACCCUGGAUCAUGUUCUGCGAGAACGACAGUCGCUCAACACCAACAUCACCACCGCCAUCAACGAGGCCGCCAAGGACUGGGGCGUCACCUGCCUGCGGUACGAGAUCCGAGACAUCCAUCCUCCUCGAACCGUGCUUGACGCCAUGCACAAACAGGUGUCUGCCGAGCGAACCAAACGAGCCGAGAUUCUCGAAUCCGAGGGAAAGCGACAGGAGCAGAUCAACCGCGCCGAGGGAGAGUCCGAGGCCAUCCGAAUGCGUGCUCAGGCAACUGCUGACGGUAUUCGGUUUGUUGCCGAGGCCAUCAACAACACCAAGGGCGGAGCUGACGCCGUUUCUCUGUCUGUGGCCGAGAAGUACGUCGACGCCUUUGGAAAGCUGGCCAAGGAGAGUAACACCGUGGUUGUCCCUGCCCAGCUGUCCGAUAUGGGCGGCUUCAUUGCCUCCGGCAUGGGCAUUUACAACCAGGUCACCAAGCAGGGUCUCAAGGGCAAGGCCGAAAAGGAGGCCACAGACAAGGCCGCUGCUGACCGGGAGGCCGCCAAGGUCGCUGAGCACGCCUAA